UCAUCGCUGUGCGCUGCCACGUCUCCUCAGCUCCUGGGCGAUGGAGGCUGAGGAUGAGUGGUGAUGGGGUCGGGCUCUGCUUCUGGCUUUAGCUCUGGCUCUGGCAAGAACUCCCGGUCUGGGUCUGGUAACCUAGAGACCCGACACGUUUUUUCGACUCUCCAGUGGGGUCCUGCCUGCGUCCCGGCAGCUGUUUUGGAGAGCUUCAAAGAAGGGAGGGAGUUCGGGUGCCCGGGGUCGGAUCUGUGAAGCCGCCUCCUCCUCCAAGGGAUCCCGCUCCGUGGCCCGCCUGUUCCAUGCAGUUGAAAUAACGUUGACAGCCAUUAGCCUGGGUUGCAACUGCAGGUGGCACUGGAAACUGACCGGUUCCUGGACAUGCCCAGUAGAAGGAGGGGUCCUAGUCGGCAGCAGCUAAGCCGGUCAGCUUUACCGUCUAUACAGACUUUGGUUGGUGGUGGCUGUGGUAAUGGAACAGGCUUGAGGAACAGGAAUGGUAGUGCUAUUGGCCUUCCAGUCCCACCUAUCACAGCCUUAAUCACCCCAGGUCCUGUUCGUCAUUGCCAAAUCCCUGACUUGCCAGUAGAUGGGAACCUGUUCUUUGAAUUUCUUUUCUUCAUCUACCUGCUGAUUGUUCUGUUCAUUCAGUAUAUCAACAUCUAUAAGACUGUGUGGUGGUAUCCGUACAAUCAUCCUGCAUCUUGUACUUCACUGAAUUUUCAUCUCAUUGACUAUCACCUGGCAGCAUUCAUCACAGUAAUGCUUGCGAGGAGGCUCGUAUGGGCCCUCAUUUCAGAGGCCACUAAAGCAGGUGCAGCAUCUAUGGUUCACUACACAGCUCUGAUCCUGGCCCGGUUGGUGCUACUCACUCUGUGUGGAUGGGUGCUUUGUUGGACCCUCGUCAACCUCUUCCGAAGCCAUUCAGUCCUCAAUCUCCUCUUCCUCGGCUAUCCGUUUGGUGUUUAUGUUCCUCUCUGCUGUUUCCACCAAGAUAGCAGAGCUCAUCUUCUUCUCACAGACUAUGUGGUUCAGCACCAGGCGGUAGAGGAAGGUGCUUCAAAUGUGGGCAGUUUGGCCAAAUCCAAAGAUUUCCUCUCCUUACUGCUGGAGUCUCUAAAAGAACAGUUCAAUAAUGCCACGCCCAUCCCCACCCACAGCUGCCCCCUAUCUCCCGAUCUCAUUCGAAAUGAAGUAGAAUGCCUGAAAGCCGAUUUCAACCACAGAAUCAAGGAAGUCCUCUUCAACUCCCUCUUCAGUGCCUACUAUGUUGCAUUUCUACCGCUGUGUUUUGUGAAGAGUACCCAGUAUUACGACAUGCGCUGGUCAUGUGAGCACCUCAUUAUGGUGUGGAUCAAUGCUUUUGUCAUGCUUACCACGCAGCUGCUACCAUCCAAGUACUGUGAUUUGCUACAUAAAUCAGCUGCUCACCUGGGCAAAUGGCAGAAGUUGGAACAUGGGUUCUACAGCAAUGCACCACAGCACAUUUGGUCAGAAAACACAAUAUGGCCUCAAGGGGUGUUGGUGCGACACAGCAGAUGUUUAUAUAGAGCCAUGGGACCUUACAACGUGGCAGUGCCUUCAGAUGUAUCCCAUGCCCGCUUUUAUUUCCUGUUUCACCGCCCUUUAAGGCUGUUGAACCUGCUCAUCCUCAUCGAGGGCAGUGUUGUCUUCUACCAGCUCUAUUCCUUGCUGCGGUCGGAGAAGUGGAACCACACGCUCUCCAUGGCACUCAUCCUUUUCUGCAACUACUAUGUUUUAUUUAAGCUCCUCCGGGACAGAAUAGUCUUAGGCAGGGCAUACUCCUACCCCCUCAACAGUUACGAACUCAAGGCAAACUAAGCUGACUCUCAACAAUGAGGGAGAACUCAGAUAAAAAUAUUUUCAUACGAUCUAUUUUUUUCUUGCGAUUUUUAUAAAUAUUUAAGAUAUUUUAUAUUUUGUAUACUAUUAUGUUUUGAAAGUUGGGAAGGGUAAGGGAUAUUAAAUGUAUCCAUAAACAAGGUGAUGUGAUCAUUCAUGUGUUAGCAUAUCUGAAUAUUAUACAUGAGAGAUCGCCCCUUCAGUAAAAGAUUGACGUGUUUGUCUGGCUCUGGGGUAAUGUUCACUUAGGAACACGUUCUGCAUAUCACUUGAUACAGUGUCUUUGGUGUAUUUGUUUUCUUCCAAAUCUUUUUUAUUAUUUUUAGUUCCUCCCCUGGCCAUAAUUAUUGCUAUAGGAAAGAGAUGA